AUGUAUGGUGGCAAUACAGGAGCUGCAGGGUAAGUACUGUAUGCUUUAUGCAGCCUUAUCAACCAUUAUUGACAGGUCAUCCAUGUAUUUCGAAAACUGUUUUGCUUGUGAAGACUUGAUAGUAGUAUAGUUUUGCAAGGUCCUAAACUUAACAAGUUGGUCCUUACUCAUGUAUGUUUCUAUGAACAGUUAUGUUACACAGGGAUAUGAAUCAUACCCAGCUCAAACUAGCGCUUAUCAGUCUACUGGAUACCAAGCACCUGGCCAAGCAGCAACCCCUUCAGCUUAUGGAGCAGCACCAGGAUACCAGACCACACCCACCUCAUACUCAGGGUAUCAGGCUGACACCACAGCAACCAGCUAUCCCACACCAACACCAACCACCCAGUACCAGGGUUACGGACAGCAGCCACAGAGUGGUGGAUAUUCACAGCCAAGUGCUGCCUCAAGCUACCAGCAGCCUCCUGCUUACCAGCAGAGUGGAGGCUAUCAGCAGCCUGGUGGCCAGGGAGGUUAUGGCAGCAGUCAAGGUGGUGGUGGUGGCUAUCAAGCUGGUGGGUAUCAGCAAAAUAGUGGACAUGGCAUGAGUGGUGGUGGCUAUGGACAACAAAGCUCUUAUGGGCAGGGAGGUGGUGGAGGUUAUGGAGGAGGAGGAAGAGGGUAGGUUUUAAUUUUUUUAUUCUGUCUGAUAUCUUGCUUAAGAAGAAACCAUCCCCUACAUCUCAAGAUUUGGAUAAAAAGUGGGUUUUAAAAAGGUUAAGGGUAACUCUGAGUUAAAUGAGGUAAACAAUGGUUGCUCUCAUGUGUAAACGUUUUUGGUUUUAAAAACACAUUAAUGUAUUGCAGUAUUCUUGCUAUGAAAAUGUUUCUCAAUGGAUGAAGUAACCUGACCUUGGGGUCAUUUCUUUUGCUUGUUUGUUGGUGGACUAAAUACCCCCUUAAAUUUAAGUAUAAAUGCCAAGUUAAAGUUCUUCCUGUUAUCAAUGGUAACACAUUGAAAUCAAUGUAACAAAUUUACUUUAUUGGUUGGGUGUUGAAUUUCUUUGUCUGGUUACUGACGAUCCUCAUGAUUAUGAUCACAGGUGCCACUGCUCUACAGAGCAAAUUGCAGACUAAUAUACUGUUAUCAGAUCCAUUAAAGAAUAGGCAAGAGUAAUAUUAAUUACACUGUAGCUUUGCCCUCUUUUUCUGGGAUGCCAGUUGUGUACAUAUGUAAUGGGAUGUCACAAGUUAUGACAAAUUUUAUUUUUAAUUUAGGCAUUUUCAAUUGAUUUUACCAACCCUAAAAGCUAUAUGGCUGAAAGAAGUAAAAUGAAAGAACGCUGUGAGGUUCCAAAUUUAGUGAAGGGUUCUGUUACUAGGAUCAUGGCUUUUCCUUUGGCCUGCAUUGUUCCAAUAUUAUUUUGUGACCCUCACUGUUCAAUAAUUGAAAGAGCUGUCCCCUUUGAUUUUAAUGAAUCAAACUCAAGAUUUUGGCCUCAGUUUGUUAUGGGACAAACAAGCUAAAAAAUCACUUGGGGGGAGUUUACUUGUAAUCAAGGAUUUUAUUAGAGGGUGUGUCUGAUUGAUUGUUUUUAAGAAUCACUGGGAAAGGGGGAAAGCAAACAAUCAAAGUCAUUUGUCUGUGCAGUUAUGUUGCACGUUAGAACACCUGUCACAAGGUCUUGUCCAUACCAUCAAGAUGUUAUUACCUUCCAGCUUUGAGUUAAAAAAGGAUUACCUAAAGCACUGGGUUGACAUUUAUUAUUUUAUUGAGAAGAAGAGGUAAAGGUUAUGACUGCUAUGUAGUGACCGCCAGGGGGAAAUAUAAACUAUUCUGACUGGUUUUACAGACACAUCUGUAGUUCCUGAUGUCAGUAGCCUAGCCAAAAAAGCUACCAAUGCCUAAAAAUACAAAUCAGAAUUUAUUAGCACUAUUUGCUGGAUUAAUCACUAUCCAGUAGAUAAGUGAUGGGAAAACCAGUUGUGACAUCCUCUGAUUAGAGAUUGAUUUAUUCAGUGAACAGUGUAGCCUCCCAUGCAGGCAUUUUUAGGGGAGCUCGUAUUUCAUCUCUUCCCAGAAAUGCCUGCUCAAGCGAGAACAACAUUCCUUUCCCGUUGUGUUAUUCGCGUGGUACGUGAUCAAUCAGCAGUUUUGAAAUAAAGUGUUGACAGGCUAAACACGACCCAUAAGCUCGUGAAAGUGUAAAAAUGUGACCCUAGAGUUACCCAUCUUACUUCUUGUCUUUCCUUUGCUAAGGUUAUGCAGUGCAUGGAGUGUUCUAAAAUCUGACCAAGUCUUACUUUUGCCGCUCUGAGUGUAACAUUUAUUAGAGGUUAUAAAGCUUUCCCAGUGUUUCAUGCAGAUCGAGUAAUUAUCGGGCUACCCUGCGGUCAAGGUCAAUUUUUCAGAAUUUGGAAAGUACAAUAUACAUUGGCUAAGCUUGGGAAAAGAAUGUUGUUCUCAGUUGAGCAGGUGUUUGUGGGGACUGACGAAAUACGAGCUCCCCUAAAAACACCUGCAUGGGAGGCUAUGAAAAGUGGGCUGCUAUCCAGUUUUUUACCAACUGGGGCCUGUUCUUUGAAAGUGGGCUGAAAACUAUGUUGAAGUCAAAUCCUUGGCAUUAGUUGUGUCACAGGUCAAAACCAUUCAUUUUGUUUCGUUUUGUGCUAGUUAUAAUUAUUGUAUUACUCUCAAAACUUCUGAAAUGCAAAUCAUGAAUGUAAACACAGCAACAAUAACUGAGCUUGGGCCUGUUUCUCAAAAGGCCUGGUAACUUUUUGGGUCUGAAGGCAAAUUUUGAAAUCAAAACGUAUUGAAUAGUGGCAUAGUUCCUAGCUCACAAACCAAUUCUGCUUUGUUAACUAAUAAUUUCAUUGCAUCAUUUUUAAAAUUAUUGAAAAUUUUAUCUUGAAUUUAAACAAAACAGAACAGCAUUUCGGGCCCAAAAAGCUAUUAGGACUUUCGAGAAAUGUGGACCUGCCUAGGUCUGGCAAUUAACUGGUCUUUCAACAAACAGGCCAAUGGUCUUAAUAAUUCACAAAUAAAACUGUAAAAGCUCCCACCCAUGUUUCGAAAAAAGUUUUAUGGUCAGGGAAGACAGUUUCUAGGGAAAUCAUUGUGUUGGGGUAAUGGGUUGGUUUCCCUUCUAAGGAGCAGCAGUAAUAUGGGUCCCAGUUAAGCUGUAUUCAGCAUUUUGUUGGGAAGAAUUAGAACUUGUAUCCAAGUGCGGAUUUUUUAGCAGCUGAGGUAACUUGCCAGUUUUUGAUGUACACCUACAUGUAGGAAGGUUUCUGACUACCAAAAUUGGAACUCUUAAAUAACAUUUCCCUGAAAAUCUACAGUGUUAUCCUAAUAUUAUGGUAAUAAUAUAUUAAUAACUUAUUAAAAGCAUACUGAUAAAUAUUGUUAUUACUUGGAGUGGACAGUCUCUAAACUAUCUUGUUUUAAGGUACACAUUUUUCUGCAUGUUAUUGAUUAUUGGUCGAGGCUAAGGAUGAUGUGAAGAAUUAUGUAGAUCAAGGAGGGGGUUAUAUCCUCAACCCUCUUUGAGAAUCUCUGUGAUCCUCCAUAUCAAACAAAAGGCACAGGCACGUAAUUAAUUUACAAUAAUAACAAUCACCGUUAAUCUGUGUACUCCAAGUUUCCAAACUGGAACCCGUGUCUUUGUCUAGUAGCAUCCCCUCAUUAACCGAUUUAUUAAACUGUCUUAUGAUAUGGAAAGUAGUCUAAACUGCUAUGCUUCCAAAAACUUACAAAACUAAAAUAUUUUUGUGUAUUUUUUCAAAACAAAAAGUGGAAGAUUCCAGUCAUAUAAGAAAUGAGAAGUCUUUCUUUUGGUUCCAUUAGACAUCACGUCUUCGAUUCUUUUCCUAAUGGAGAAAGGAAAAAAGCCUGUAUCACAUUUAGGUUUAGUGCAAGCAGUUCUGACCAAUUUCCAUACGAACGUAACUGUUAAAUUAAACAUUUUAAACAUUUGUGAAUAUUGGUGUUUGCUACUAAACUGGUUGAUUGAGGCAGUGUCCUCUUCUGAACAAUGCAUUGAUUUGAUUGGUACAAUACACAGUGGUGGCAGAGGAGGUAGCCGACCGGGUGGAUACAAUAGUAAUAUGGGUUAUGGUAAGUCAUGUAACGCAGACACUGUCCUGCUCUCGUUUGUUACAAUGCUGUCUGUGUGGUGUUAUUCAAUCACUCCGGCCGGUCGGCUAUUAAGCUGGUACAAUCAUUGGUCAAUAUCAGUUUUUUUGUCAUCUCCAAACUUGAUGGGGCUAUGUGAUCUCUGACUGAAUUAACUCAAUUUAAAAUCAAAGGUACUACAUCCAAGGGAAUGUUUUUCAAAAUGUUGGGUUAUCACUCUGGUAAAAGUAUAUUGGUAUCAUUCAAAGUGGUAAAUCACCCUGGUUGCCUAAAUGGCUCUAAGUAGAAGGGGGAGAAAAUUGACCUUCUUGGGUUAAAAUGACCUAUGAUCGACACUUGCAUCUCUAGCAUGGUCCGGAGUCCUUGUUUAGACACAAUCUGUAAGAUUGUUUGUGUUGUAUAUGCUUAUAUUCAUGCUUAUGUAUUGUACUAAAGGUAGCAUGUAGCUUAAGUAAUGAUACCGCUUUGUCAUUAUACAGUAUUAUGUGUAAAUGGCAUUGAAUUGAAACUACCGUUAUAAGGAAGUAAAAGGUCAUUAAAUUACCCUUAAAGAAUGUUCCUUAUAUGGUGGUUAUGAUUGAAGUGCCAUUUACUGAGUACUUGUAUAAUGUGGCCACGUUUAGUAAUGGUAAUGGUCGGGAAAAGAUGAUAUGACUUGUUGGAUUGCAAAUGUGGUGUUUUACAUGGUCCAGGUAACACAAUGUAUAAUCAUUGUAAAAAUGUACUGAUUUCUACUUAAACAGUCUGUAAAGUUUCCCCAAAGUUUCCCCAUUGAUCAAAUUGGUGUUCAUAAAUGUAAUAAUAAAUUAUUACUAAAAUUAUACAGGUGUAUUAGCAGGAUAUUUGGGUAUCUCAUGGCUACUAUCAUUAUCUUACUACAACCAAAUUGUACAAAUUGUGCAACUUUUGCAAUUAAGUCAAUACAAGAAUUUGUACUUUGCAUUUUCUUUGACUUGCUCUUGGUAACUGGGUUUUCUCUUGUGCAAGGAAUUUCCCCAAUGUUUCUGUUUUGUACUAGUCCAUUUAAGUUGUUUUGCAUCCAUGUUUUCUGUUCUGUAUUUGGACACAUUCUGUACAAAGGUCUAUCAAAUGUCUGGAGUAGAGGUAAUCUUCUGUUUUAGUCAUGUCCAUUCACUUGUUUAAUUGGCAAGACAUAUACUUGACACGAGUACAGGAAAAUGGAGGUUUUAUUUAAAUGGACUAGCACUAAUGUUUGUCUAUAGAACUGAAAGAAAACCCUGUAUUACGAAAUCUGCUAUUUUAUGCAUAGGCAAUCUCUUUAAAUGUUUUUACAACUGCGAUUUGAUAAGCCAUGAAGAAUUUUAAACAGUCAAAAGAGAAGUUCAACAGAAUUUACUUACUGUUCUGUUGGUAGAUCUUGGACAUGUUUGUACUAACACAAUAUUAUGUGGACCAAGUAUAGUAUGUUAUUGGAUUGUUUUGUACACUUUCCAAGCUAUCACUGAGGGGUUACUUGCUUUUUUCCCUAGGUAAUCCAUAUGGUGGAGGACAACAAGAAGGUAUGGUGUGCUGAAUGUGAUUACCAGUACUUUAUUAAAAUGGUGUGCAUAGUUCACUUAGAGUUUUACCUUAGCUCAGUGGUUUGACUAUGUACAGUCGACUCUCUCUUAACGGACACCUCUAUAUGACAGACAUCUCUGUAAAACAGACACUUUAAGCUGGUUGCUGCCUUUUUUACUUCCUUUACUUGACUCCCUAUCAGACAGACAUCUCUCUAAGAUGGACAUUUAUUCUUGGUCUCAAAAGUGUCUGUCUUGGAGAGAAUUGAUUGUAACUUGUACAAGGUGUUCAUUAGGCAUCGGGGAUCAGGGAAUUCUCUGUUUACUACACAGUAUUCUCUGACUAACGUUUGGUAGUUUAUGACUAUUUUUCAUUCAGACGUGGAGCCUCUUUCAAAAUAUUCUCCUGUAAGGUUACACCUUUCUCCUGCUACUAGGAUUCCUAAUGAAAACCCUGCUUGUAACUUGCAUUUGGGGAGGCCAUAAUUUGAUUCAAGCCCAUACUCAGUUAAGUGCCUCUGGACAGGGUUGUCAUUAAGAGCUGGGGGGCCGGGGAUUUCCCCCGGCUACUAUGAAUGUGGCCUUCGGCUACUUUCAUUGGAAAAUAGAAGAAAAGUAGAACCAAAAGAAAUCCCUAGCUGUUUGAUUCCCCGCCUACUUGUUACAUUUACCUCGUAACUUGAAAUCUUAGUGACAUCCCUGCUCUGGAUAUGAAUUUUUAUCUUAUUGAUGGGAUAGUCGGCAUCACUGGCAUAAAAUAGAAUCAAUACAAUUAUUUUAUUGAUCCUGGGUGAAUAUUUCCUAAAGUGAUCACCUCUUCGUACCCAAUUUGUAUUCAUUAUUAAGAUUCCUGGAAUAUACUAUUUUGCUUUACUAUAGGAAAGGAAUAUGAGACAGAUCAAGUCUUUAUCUCCAACCUUGCUCCUUCUGUGACUGAAAACGACAUCAAAGAUCGUUUUGGAUCCAUUGGUAUUAUCAAGGUAAUUAGAUCCAAAUUCCUAUCGCACUGGGCAUUUUGCAAACUUCAAAGGAAUUUUUUGGCUUUUCUGUUCUGUGAAUCAUCUUAGCGGACCUCCUUGGAAACAUGUCUUUACUUUUAUCAUGGUUCAAAAGGUCAUGAUUUGUGAUUGAUGGGUUUUGAUGUGUUUUACUUGUUUCUGUGUUUCAUUAGGUUAUUGCUUUUGAUCGUCCUGUUUUGGGAAAUAAUUGACAAGUUUCCUUGGAAGAUUUGUCUGAUAUUCCUUAUUUUUUACAGUCACUUGCAAGAAUAAAGGAAAUUGUCUGCCUCCUUCCCUCAACAAAAAUUCCACUCACCAUUACAAUUAUUUUCUUUUGCUUUUCACUGGUCUAAAGUCAUUCACACUUUUGUUUUUGGGGGCCAAGCUGGGCAAGCACUUUGCAUUCUGAUUUGCAUUAGUCUGACGCCACUCAAAUGAUUGAGGGAACAGGCAAACCCGAAAUCCCUUUAAAGUUUGCAAAACACGCAGUGGGAUACAUUGAAUUUCACUGUAAACCUGUUAGAAAUAAUUUCUAUUGCAUUCUUUAGAGAACUAAGGGUAUUUGUUUCCUGCGAACCCCUAAAACUUCAUGACUUUGUGAUUUCUUUGAAAAAAGAUCAGUACAUUGCUUGCUUUAAGUUAAUGUGGAAGCUGUAAAGCUUUUGUAAAGUAAGUUUGAUCACUAACUCGUUGUUUUGUUGUUUAGAUUGACAGAAAGACUGGAAACCCUAAAAUUUGGAUAUACAGAAAUCCUGAUGGCACUCCCAAGGUAAAACAAAAUAGUCCUCUACGAGGACAUGACCUUACUGGCAAUGAAUAGUCUGUACAAAAAAAAGGGCAAUGAUGGGUACCUAUGGUCUGAAGCAUACAUGUUUAACGCCAUGUGCUACAAGGACAAUUAUUUUUCAAAGAGAAAAUUUAAAUUAUUUAAUGGUUUGUUUCACUGAGUAUACCUUGUUUUUUCAACACAUUUGUUAUCUAUUGCCAAUAUGUUUGCCAUGCGCUAUCUUUGGAAAAAGUAUGUAACAAAACAUUGUGACAAGUGACAACAGAGCAAAUGUCCUUCAAAAACCACCUGCUUGCAAAACAAAAUCGUUCUUCACAACAGUCGCGUUGUGUGGCGACCUCUAAAUUGCACGUGCACUGUGGUAGGUAAGGUUAGUUCGGCAGCCACAGGCAAAGUUAAAACUUCUACAGAUACGGUUCUGGGACUAUCGUAUUUUCUGGCCAAAAUUAAAGCACGUAAAUGUCGUAAUGAAAUUACCAUACUUCAGAUGAAAUUUUAAAGAUGCUAUUUUUUGAAUUUAGGCAGAUUGGUGACCGAUUUGUGAUUUGGACUCACUUAACCCUUUAUACCCUUGGAUAGAUGGAUUAUGAUAUUGAGCAAAAUUCAAUAUUCAUUUGAUAAUGCCCUUGAUUCUGGUGACCACCCUGUUUCAUAAAGCUUUGAUACUACAAGGAGAAAUGUGGUAUUCAUUAAUUUUGGGGCCUUAAAAGGUUAACACAGGCUUCUUUGUGCUUGUUCUGCUAAUAGCCCUAGCAAACGUGUUUAUAUUCAAAGUUUUAUACAUAUUGCAGUGUUGGUCUGGCUUUUCCUGUUGUUGUGGGUUAGAAACUUAUUCCUUGCUGUAUAGCACUAUAAUUAUUAUUUACAACAAUAUUCAUCAUCCUUUAUACCAUCACAUUAGUCAUGACCUUUUUAUCUAUCUCCAAAGGUAUUUCUGUACAUUUUAGUGGUAGUUUGACUGUCUGUUGUAAUCUUACACAUGCAAUUGUUGUUAUUUGGAUGUAGGGGGAUGCCACAGUUACCUAUGAUGAUCCACCCACAGCCCAGGCUGCCAUUGAUUGGUUUAAUGGUAAGAUAACAUAAUUAUGUUCAACUAUGUGCAUAGUGGACAAAAAAUCUAAUUCUGGUUUAAAAACGGAUCUUUUGAGGUCUCUGGGUAAGUGACCACCUACCACUCCCCUAAGUCACAAUUUUGCCCAAAGUGAGAAGUAGGGGAUUGUUGAUGUUGACUUAGAGGAGGGGUAGGUGGUCACCUGCCCAAAACUUCAAAUUAUCCAUAAAAACACCAAUGUAUUCUACUGUACUUCAUUGUAUUAUUACAGUAGUUGAGACUCCACUGAAGAUAAACUGAAUAUUAUUAACAGAUAUCUAUAAAUUAAAUUGUAAACAUAGGACAUUGUCAAAAUGCUACUUGAAAGUUUGUGUUAAGUUUUCAAGUGUUCCGAAGUUUUCUUAUGACUUAGCAUGUGGUUUCCUUCCUUUACAGGUAAAGAGUUUCUUGGGAACCUAAUCAAAGUUGAGUUUGCUGAGAAGAGAGUACCUAAAGGAGGCUUUCGAGGAGGUGGUGGACGAGGUACAGUUAGUUUAGUAAAUGGUUACAAUGGGAUGUCUUAACUUCUAAUAUAUGAGGUCAUUCGACUUUUUUAUUUACUUUAUGCCUCUUGUACAAAGAUUUUAUCCAUUUCGAACCUUUUUUGCUCACAAAAUGUUUUAUUUCAACAGUUUGUUGUCAUUUUGUAAGCAGCCUGUGACUCUUAUAACCCAUUUUUUUUAAAAUGAAGUUUAAAUUUGUAGCAGAGGAUAAUAAUUUCAUCCAUGGAUUUAAAGUUAGAAUGGCGAGUCAUGCUACUUGGAGUGAAAGGGCUCAAAGUUUAUUUUUGCACCAGUUUGGUCAGUGGUCAAGCAAGGUGCCAGACUUGUUGGUCGAUGGUACCUGACCCUAAUGAUCGUAAAUUAAUCUCUUAAGUAUCCUGCCUUAUCUUUCCAGCCCUCUGUGGUUGUUAUGGGCAAUCUGUAGUCUUUCAGUACCUCACCAGGCCAUGGCCUUGUGGGAUUCCCACCAGAAAAUUUGAGAUGGCGCAUAAAGAGCCAAGAAGAUGCGCCCAUCAGGGCGCAAUGGCGUGCUACGAGUCAAAUGGAGCAUGCAUUGUUAUCGAAUCGUAAACACCCCAUCUGCCAUUUUCGAUCAGGUAGAUACUUCACUCAACAGAUCAUUUGGAGUGCGGGCUCAGGUUAUACCUUUUUCCCCCUUAUGUUCUUACAGGGCCCCUAUUUCUCAACAGAGGGGGCCCUGGGACUCCUCAAGGCAAAAUCCUGGUGAGAACCCUGGUGUUUUUUUUUAAUCACCUAUUGAUAUUGUUGGGCACAAAAUAAUAAAGUUCUUUUGCUGUUGAAUAAUUCAACAUGUAAAGCAUAGUGUCAACUGUCUUCUCCUUGUAGGAGGUCCUAGAGGUGGUCGUGGUGGAGGCGGUGACAGAAGGGGUGGCCGAGAUGAUGGGCGGGGUGGCGGAGGAGGAGGUAACCAGGGCAAGAUGGAGGCUCGUGCAGGAGAUUGGGAUUGCCCCUCGUGAGUUCUAGUUUAUAUGAAAUAGAAAACUGCUGAAAUAUGAAGUGAAAUGAUUCAAAGUUCUAAUACAUUGCCUUGUGCUUUUCCAGGUGUGGAAACAUGAACUUUGCCAGAAGAGAUGCUUGCAACAAAUGUCAAACACCCCGUGGUGAUGGUAAAUAUUGCGUGAAUAACAUUUCACACUUUUUCCUUGUUUUUCUCUUUUUAGUGAACUGAAAAUCAGAGCUCAGUAGACAAAGGUCUGGAUAAUGUGCUUUGUGUGAACUAUAUGUCACUGAUUUACCAAAAAAAUUGGCACUAUUGAAUUAAAAAUAAAUUAACAAUGGCCAGAAACUUGAAAUAGGAACUUAAUGCCCUCUGACCUUAAAUUCACGUAAUCCUUUGCACUUAUAUCACAAGGAGAACAGAAAAUUUUGCACAUGAUUGAGUCGUGAGAGUUAUCCUAGUAAACAAAAAUUCCAGAUUGUUGUUUUGCUCUCCAGAGCUACCACUGCUUGAUUAGACUGCAGAACAGUUGCCUUUGUGUCUCAAAAUCGGUUUAGCGUCGCUUGAGAGUCUCUCUUGCAAAUCACGUGAGCCUCACAUGCUGAUAGGGCAUGGUGUGAGAAAAAGAGACAUGUUCUAAGCAUCUCUCCCCAGUCCUGCUCCAGACCUUUUGUUUGACUGCUCGCGCGUACUUGAAUACUAAAAAAAACAGACUGUUUUGCAGUCUACUGCUUGAUGUUAACUAUCCAUUAUUGUUCCAGGUGGUGGUGACAGUUAUGGAGGACGAAGUGGAGGAGGAAGAGGUUGGGGUGGUGGUAGAGGAGGUGGAGGUCGUGGUGGACCAAGAGGUGGUGGUAGGGGUGGACGCGGUGGUUUUGGAGGAGGGGGUCGGGGAGGUUAUGACAGGUAAGAUACUCUGUUCCUAUCACUUUUGCAUCCUUUUCUCAUCUUUCUGUAGAUUUUUACGUGUUGUACUCCUAACAACUGUCUGCCUAGCUUGCUAGUAAUGCAAGGGUUUGAGAAAGCGGGAAGUUUCAAACAGUUUCUUUUUUAUGACAUUUCUUUUUCAAGACUUUUGCAAGUUUGAAACUUAUGACACCUAUAACAUGCCUCUGCAUGUAGGGCGCAGUUUUCUUACAAGACACAAAAUGGCCCUCCACACAAUUUCUUAGGUUGUUUUCAGUAUAUAAAUGUAGCAAUACUUCUCACAUUCACCACGCAUCUCCUUGGUACCGCUUGUAAUACUGAACUUAACCAGCUGUGGAUGUCAAAAGCAUGCUGUCAUUUUAAGAAAGCACCAAUUUUUGUUCUUUUUUUUUUAUAACAAUGAGAAUAGUGAUCACUUUGUUGGAGCUUGACUCAUGAAAACUCUACUAUUUAUGACAGAGUCCAUUUGUGCAUUGUCUUUUUCUCACAAACAUGCAAUACAUUGUAAUGUACUCUGAAUCUUGACUCAUAUUCUUUCUAUUCAGACAAGGCGCCAGGCAAGACCGAAGAGACAGACCAUACUAA